AUGCUCGGCAACUGGUCCGAGGAGGACGGCUGGCAGUUCGACUCCCGAUAUGCAAAUCGCUGGGAAUUCGACAUCGAUCCGGAUGCGGAAGACUUGGCCGGGUUGCAUUUGCGCGUUGUCGUUUACAUGGAAGAGCCGUUCGUGAUGAAAAACGCCCAGGGGCAGUACGAGGGGUUCUGCAUCGAUUUGCUCAACGAGAUGGCGCGGGUACUCAAAUUCAACUACACGAUCAUCGAGGUGGUCGACGGAAGCUACGGGAUUGAGGACGAAUCCGGACGCUGGAACGGAAUCAUCGGGGUCCUACAACGACAUGAAGCCGAUCUGUCCGUCUCGGCGGUGACGAUCACCUACAGUAGGGUGGAGGUGAUAGAUUUCACUCUCCCUUUCAUGCAUCUCGGAAUCUCGAUUUUGCUGGCUCGAUCGCAAGAGGAUUCUUCAAAAGGUUCCCUCUUCACCUUCCUGGAGCCGCUCUCCCUAACCGUCUGGGUCUCCCUAAUCGGAGCCUACCUUUCCGUGUCCUUCACGAUGUUCCUGCUCGCACGGUUCAGCCCGUAUGAAUGGUACGACAUCGAAAAGAUUGACGAGCGUGACCCGUCGAUCGAGAAUCAGAAGAAUCAAUUCACGAUUCUGAAUUCGCUAUGGUUCGCCGUUGGGUCGUUGAUGCAGCAAGGAUCGGAUGUGAUUCCGCGAGCUGCUGCUACUCGAGUUGUCGCCGUCAUUUGGUGGAUGUUCACCCAAAUCCUCAUCUCGUCCUACACGGCCCAGCUGGCUGCGUUUUUGACGGUUGAAAGGAUGACGACCCCGAUUGAGAGUACGGCGGAUCUUGCCAGUCAGACCAAAAUUCGAUACGGGACCUUGAAGAGCGGAAGUACGAUGGACUUCUUCCGGGAGAGCAAAAUUCCGAUCUACGAGCGAAUGUGGUCAAUAAUGGAGUCCUCCUCCCCCACCGUGUUUGUCAACAGCAGCAGGGAAGGAAUUGCCAGGGUCAAAGCUGGUAACUAUGCGUAUAUGAUGGAAUCUUCAAUGCUCGAGUACUACAUGGAGAGGGACUGCGAAUUGCAGCGGAUUGGCGGGUUGUUGGAUUCGAAGGGCUACGGUAUCGCGUUGCCGAAGGGAUCGCCGCUGCGGGAUAUCAUGUCCGGGACGAUAUUGCAGCUACAAGAAAAGACGAUCCUCGAAGCCUUGAAGAACAAAUGGUGGCGCGACCGGAGAGAGGGCCCCUCCUGCGCCCCGGUCGGCGAAGCGCAAAAAGCUCACUCCCUGCAAAGUGUAUUUGGCAUUUUCUAUGUAUUAAUCACCGGCCUCGUCGUCGCUCUAUUAAUGUCGAUCGGGGAGUACUGUAUCGAGUCGAGGCAGGACAGCUACCGGUUACGGUUGACGAUAUUGGGGAAGAUUGUCGAAUGGUACAAGCACUGGACGGGGCGAACGUCUCGAAAUCGUCAAAAACUGCGCAAUGCAAAUUUGGACACAGCCGGCGUUGAGCAGCCACUG